UGCAGCAGCAGAAUAUUCCCGAAUCCCAAUAUCCGUCUUCUUCCUCCGGCAAGCGGCUGAGCGAGACGGCGGCCAUGCUCGGUCUCAGAGCCAGGGCCGCGCGCCUCCCGUGCCCGUACUCUCCCGCUCCCUCCUCUUCCCCGGCGACCUCUCUCUCCGGGUUCGCGCGCCAGGGCCCGCUCCUCGCCGCCGCCGCCGUUGCAGGCCCCCCGGCCCUCUCUGCAUCGCCGUCCGCGCGCCCCUUCUCCGUGGCCUGGGGCUCCGCCAUGCGUCCCGCCGGCCUUCCCAGGCCCAGCACCAGGGUUCUCUGCACCGCUGCGGCUGGCAGUGCUCCGAGAGAAGGGAAGGAAGUGCUAGUCCAGCAUUUGCUUGUCGGCGAAAAGGAUGCCAGGCUUCUGGUCGAUCUAGAGAAGUGCAUCGCUUCAGGGGCAGACUUGAGUGAUUUAGCCGUGGAGCACUCCUUGUGUCCAUCAAAACAAAAUGGCGGUAUGCUUGGGUGGGUUCGAAGGGGACAGAUGGUACCGGAAUUUGAAGAAGCAGCAUUUAGUGCUCCUUUGAAGAAAGUUGUAAGGUGUAAGACAAAAUUUGGAUGGCAUUUAGUGCAGGUGCUCUCUGAGAGAGACCAAUGCACGCUGGAAGAUAUUGGACCAGAAGAGCUUCACGCAAAAAUGCAAGAUCCUAGUUUUAUUCAAGAAGCACAAUUGAUUGAUGUUCGGGAGCCUGAUGAAGUGGAGAGAGCUUCCCUUCCAGGCUUCAAGGUCCUGCCUCUCCGCCAAUUUGGAACCUGGGGGCCAGUUAUGACAGAUGAAUUUAAUCCUGAAAAGGACACUUAUGUUUUGUGCCACCAUGGCAUGCGCUCAAUGCAGGUAGCUAAAUGGCUGCAGUCACAGGGGUUCAGAAAAAUCUACAAUGUUGCAGGUGGGAUUCACGCCUACUCUGUUAAAGCCGAUUCGUCCAUCCCUACUUAUUAGCCAGCUUGAUGACCACCGACCCGAACUCAGGGCCUUUUCUCUUCACGAUACCAAACUUAAAUCACGUUCUGCGUUUGAUGAUGGGAUUUGGCAAUGAUUUUAUGUUGAUGCCAGAAUCCAGAGCUAAAUUUUCCUUCCGACGCUGCAUCCUGUAUUACAGUUUUUAAUCUUUCUUCAGAAAUUGUAUAUGGAAUUAUGGAUCAUAUCAUUCUGUAUAAAAAAAAGGAGUUAUUUAGGGCUCUGAUCAUUGGAUUGAAGCCAUCA